CCAUAGAGUCCUUUUCCAGGAGUAGAGCCACGGGUGAUUGUCCUUGGAUUACUUUUUAGUUAUUAAAGAAGCAACUCGGAUGUUUUCGGUGUAAUAAUUUAAUAUGACUUUGUGAGGAUAUAUAUCUGUAUGCAUAUUUAUCUAAGCUUCCUGGCACUAUCGACAUGAUGCAGUUCUUUGUAUUUGCGGCUGCUUUUCUCUUUGCGCACGAAAUCACCGAAGCCGCACGCUCUGACAAGUGCGCCUCCCGGUGCGACGUAGGCUCGUGUCCUAGCCCCAGCUGUCCCGGUGGGUACGUUCUGGACAGAUGUAACUGCUGCCUGGUGUGCUCCCCGCGCGAAGGAGACCCCUGCGGCCGCAAAGACGACCUGCCCUGCGGGGAUGGAUUGGAGUGCAAGCUGCUCACUGCGGGGAAGCGGCGAGGCUCCAAAGGGGUCUGUCGGUGUAAGAUGGAAGAUGAAGUGUGUGGAAGCGACGGGAAAACGUAUGGAAAUGUGUGUAAGAUGAGAGCAGCCAGUCGGAAAGCUCUACUCAAGGGGAGACCCGCUGUCAGCCAAGCGCACAAAGGACCGUGUUCACCUUCAGGCGCAGGUCGGACCCUGAUCCGUCUCAGCAGCCCUCGGUAUAAGUUCAACUUCAUCGCUGAUGUUGUGGAGAAAAUAGCCCCUGCUGUCGUCCACAUUGAGCUGUUCUUAAGACAUCCUCUCUUAGGUCGCCACGUGCAUCUCUCCAGUGGUUCUGGGUUCAUUGUGUCCCACUCAGGUGUGAUUGUGACCAAUGCUCAUGUGGUAACUACAGCUGCCUUGGUGACAGGAAGGCCGCAGCUGCGUGUUCAGCUCCACGACGGGGAUGCAUAUGAGGCCGUGGUGAGAGAUGUAGACAGGAAGGCAGACAUCGCCACAAUCAAGGUCAAUCCACAGCAGAAGAAACUGUGCGUGCUGUCUCUGGGCCGUUCAGCUGAUCUGAGGCCAGGCGAGUUUGUGGUUGCCAUUGGCAGCCCCUUCGCCCUGCAGAACACCGUCACCACUGGCAUCGUCAGCACAGCACAAAGAGAUGGCAAGGAGCUGGGCAUAAAGGACUCAGACAUGGACUACAUCCAAACUGAUGCAAUUAUUAACUACGGCAAUUCAGGAGGACCCCUUGUUAACUUGGAUGGCGAGGUGAUCGGAAUCAACACUCUUAAAGUGACCGCAGGGAUCUCCUUUGCUAUACCGGCAGACCGCAUCAGCCUCUUUCUCUCUGAGUCGCAGAUUAAACACAAAAAAGAAAAGAAACCGCAGAGAAGACACAUGGAGGAACCACAGGCUGAUGCAGAGGUGUCACAAGUAAAGAGAUAUUUUUUAGGCAUCUGGAUGGUCACCAUCACUAAAGCUCUCACAGCAGAGUUGCGACUUCAUAAGCCAGACUUCCCUGACAUCAGCAGUGGAGUUUUGGUGCGGCAGGUCAUACCUAACACUCCAGCAGAAAAUGGAGGGAUUAGGGAAGGUGAUGUAAUAGUGAAGUUGAAUGGAAAGCCGGUCAGGACCACUGAAGACAUCCACAAGGUGUUGCGGAGCGACCAGCCACUCCUACUUGAGAUUCGCAGAGGGAACGAUGACUUGCUCUUCAAUAUUCACCCUCAGCUUUUGGUGCAUUGAAGACUGGGAGAACUGAUUUGUUUUAAGUGUGAACAGGCAGGAGUCAGUUGUUGAGAAAAUAGGUUCAAUAUUGAUUUCUGAUUAAAACAAGAGAACAGAGCAUUUCCUGUCCUAAUCAACUAGUCUGUUGAAGUACACUUUAUUAGAGUUUGAAAUACUGUAACACACUGUUUAAUACACACCUCAAAAUACAGUUGAGUAGAAUCCAUUGCACUGUGUAUUUAAGGCGCUUUAGAAUAAAGGCUACCAAA